AUUUCCCUCCCGUCCCUCAAGCAAGAAGCACGCCACCGACCAUGUCGACGACUGCCAACUACCACGACGUCCAGCUUCUUGAUGGCGGCACCGGCGAAGAGCUCUUCCAGCUCGGCCUCCCGGACGACCGGAAGACGUGGUCGGCGUAUGCGCUGGUUCACGCCGAGUACAAUGCACUCGUGCGCCAGGUGCACGAGAGCUUCUUCCGCGCCGGCUCCAAGUACGUCACGUGCAACAACUACACGGUCACCGCGUGCUCGGGCUUUUCGCUGCCGGAGAUUGCGCAGUACACGUCGCUCGCCGGGGCUCUCGCGGUCGAGGCGCGCACGGCCGCGGCGACGCCGACGGCCAAGAUUGUCGGGUCGCUCCCGCCGCUCACCGAGAGCUACCGCCCGGACCUCGUCCUUCCCGCUGCCGACGCCGUGCCCGUCUAUAAGGUCAUUGGCGAUGCGCUCGCACCGUAUGUCGACCUCUUCACGGCCGAGACCAUGUCGUGCAUCCGCGAGGCCAUCAUGGCCAUCGACGGCGUCGCGCACUUGAAGAAGCCGAUCUUUAUCUCGUUUACGCUUGGCAAGGACGGUGCGCUGCGCAGCGGCGAGGCCGUGGACGCUGCGAUCCGUGCGGUCGUCGCCCACUCGCCGCUUGUCCAAGCCAUUCUCUUCAACUGCUGCGAACCCGAAGUCAUCACGACGGCGUUCCAGAGCUUUAGCGCCGAGCUCCAGGCCGAAUUGCGCUUUAUGGGCAUUCGCUGGGGUGCAUACGCCAACGCGCUCACGCCCGUGCCGGAAGGCUGGACGCUCUCGGGCGCCGAGGCCGCGCAGCCGCUCCGCCAAGACAUGUCGCCGACCACGUACCUCACGUUUGUCGACGCAUGGAUCCAACACGGCGCGACGCUUAUUGGCGGCUGCUGCGCGAUCGGACCCCAGCACAUUAGCGCGAUCCGCGACUUCCUCGCUGCCAAGACCGCUGCGUAGCAUCACCACAUCAUAAUGUUAGUACAUGUCAUAGACGCCACCGG